AUGAAGAUCUAUUUGUUGGCUUAUAAUGGCUUAUCGGCCGGUUUAUGGCUCUACAUAUUGUUUCAAUGCAUAGCCAACAUUCAAAGGGGCUAUUUCCUUUACAAAUCAGGUGGAGAUGAGAUUCCUCAUAGUUUCAUGUUGUACACUCAAAUUUUCAAUUCAUUGUUUGAAUUGGCACAUUCAGUCACAGGGUUGGUGCCUAGUCCCAUCCCGACGUUGUUGUUGCAAUCUUUUGCUCGUUUAAUCAUCUUAGUUGGUAUAUGCUAUGUGAUCCCCGAGUCGCCUGCAAAUUACGCUUUAUACACUUUCUCCGGAUUAACUUUAGCCUGGUCAAUCACUGAAAUCAUCCGCUACGGCUACUACUUCUUGAAAUUGAGUCAAAAGGCACCCGCAUCGGUCCCAUAUUCAAUUACUUGGUUGAGGUAUUCAGCAUUUUUUAUAUUGUAUCCAUUAGGAUUGGUUUGCGAAAGCUUAACCGUCUACAGAUCAUAUGCAGUGAUUGAACACAGACUACCAUACUAUUCCAAGUUUCUCAAGUACGCUUUACCACUGUAUAUACCUGGGUUUGUCUAUCUUUACAGCUAUAUGAUUUCGCAAAGAAGAAAAGUGUUGAAGAAAGAGAAAGCAAAGCUAGCAUAG